AUGCCUGCGACAGACGAAGGUUCAAUCAACGAAAAUUUGGUCCAACAGAUUUCGAAGAAUCUGGCCAACACUCGCUACACGUUCGGUGUCAGCUCGAAACAGUACCAGACGGUACUGGAAAUGUUGAAGACGUCUAUUGCAGACCUGGAACAGCAGAAGUUGUGUGGGCGCAAGAACGACACUUCGGAUGUCGAGAAUCUCAUCCUUCUCUUAGAGAGAGAACUGAAAAUCUGA